UGAACUAGAACCACUGGGCCAUGGCAGACAUCAACUCCUAGGUUGUCAUCACGUUCUCAGCCGGACCGGAAAAGUAUAAUUUGGAACUUCUUCACUCCAGCUGAAGCAGAGAUACGCAUUACCCACAAAAUAAGAGCCAUGGGCUGCAACCCGCCGUGCCUCCUCCCCUACAGACUACGCCUGUUGUUGUUCUUUACCCUGUGCCUGACUGUGGUUGGAUGGGCCACCAGCAGCUACUUCGUGGGUCCCAUUCAAGUGAUCCCCAAGGCAAAGGACUUCAUGGCUGGUUUCCACAAGGUCAUUCCUUUGGGGAAGGAAGAAAAACUCUGGCCCAUGAUGUCAUGGAAAAAGCAGAACUUGACAACUGUCCCUUCUGUGUCUCCAAACCUUAGAGGCCAGAGCAAGCUCAUUUAACCAGACCUCACUUUGGAGGAAGUACAGGCAGAGAACCCCAGCAGUGUCCGGGCCGGUGUCAUCCCGAGGGAUUGUAAGGCCCUGCAGCGGGUGGCCAUCCUCAUUCCCCACCGGAACAGGAGAACACACCUGAUAAUCUGCUGGAACACCCUGCACCCCUUCCUGCAAAGGCAGCAGCUGGACUAUGGCAUCUACAUCAUCCACCAGACAGUAAGUAAGAAGUUAAUCUGCGCCAAGCUCCUGAAUGUGGGCUAUCUGGAGGCCCUCAAGGAGGAAAACUGGGACUGCUUCAUAUUCCACGACGUGGAUUUGGUGCCGGAGAAUGACUUCAACCUUUACACGUGUGGCGAUCAGCCCAAGCACCUGGUGGUUGGCAGGGAACAGCCACUGGCUCAGUGUUAUCAUGGCAAAACUGGAAGAGUCUACGACAUGACCCGGGAUGCUGUGGGCAUCAUUGCAAGUAGGCAAGUUAAGGGCAAGAUUCUUGCCGAGAGAAUUAACGUGUGGAUUGAGCACAUCCAAGCUUUCCCAGAGCCAAGAUGGCUUCCUGAAGCAGGGAAGGGAGGAAAAUUGAUAGAAGAAAAUGGAAGCAAAAGAGAAGGGCACCUGGGUUCAGCUGCAGCACCAGCCUGCUCCACCCGGAGCCUCACAGGUGGUGCCUACUCGGAUGAAGUAGGUCACUUGAAGUGUGUUCUUGGGGGCAGAUUUUAUCCUGCUCCCCUUCCUCAUCUUUGUGUCUUGACUGUCAUGAAGUUACGCUACAGUAAAUACUUUGGGGGUGUUACUGCCCUCAGCAGAGAACAAUUUUCCAAGGUGAAUGGAUUCUCUAACAACUACUGGGGAUGGGGAGGCGAAGACGAUGACCUCAGACUCAGGGUUGAGCUCCACAAAAUGAAAAUAUCCCGGCCUGAUCCUGAUGUGGGCAAAUACACUAUGAUCUUCCACACCAGAGACAAGGGCAACGAGGUGAAUGGGGACCGGAUGAAGCUGUUAAACCAGAUGUCACGAGUUUGGAAAACAGAUGGCUUAUCAAGUUGUUCUUACAGAUUACUCUCUGUGGAACACAAUCCUUUAUAUAUCAACGUCACAGUGGAUUUCUGGACUGGUGCGUGACCUGGAUCUUUGGAUGGGGUUCAGGAGAAGUGAUAACUUGUAAUAAUUUUGGCCUAGAGACUUCCAUAGUAGCUCACACUAAGGACUCACUCCAGCUAAUUAUUAGGCCAGGUUUUUCCAUUUUGUGUUUUCUGGGCAGCGCUCUUGGUCAUGGGGAAUGUAGAGCCGUCAUGACAAGACAGCUUUCUUAGUUGUUCUGAUCCCGACAGUGAAAUGUAACGCAUAUACUUGACGGACUAAAGGUGAAAGGGUGCAGUGAAUGCUCCCUGGGAGCCGUGUCCUCGAAGGAUCAACUCCAGCAAAGCAUCAGGGGAUUAAAGAGGGGGAACAAAAUCCCCGUGUCCUAAAGAGCCAGAACUGCUAGGCCCAAGAUAGAAAGGUACUAAGAUGUGUUUCUGUCACGUGUGUAUCCUAUGUGGUCAUCUGAGAAGCAGAGGAUUCCGGAUGAGAAGAAGGCCAUAGAAGAGCCAAGCAAAGUCAAGAAUCAGAUGCCAUGAACUUGGCAAUGAAGAGACGACGAAGGGGGAGUGUGACGUGAACUGGCAGCAGUGACUGCUGCCCCCAGUCCUUCGUGCUGUUUGCAUCCUCAUGGGAAACACCUUCCAGCCUGUGGCCACCCGACCUUGAAUGUACCUGUCUCUUCAGAGGCACUUGCCAGCAAGAGCCCACCAGAGAACACUCUCUUCUAGUUUUUAAAGCACUUUUUAUAAAAUGAUUUUGUACACAUAGGAUAUGAAUGAGCCGUUUGUAAGCUACAUCAUGACUGGUAAUACAUCUCUAGAGUACCUCUGUAGUAAAACAUGAAAAUGCUUCUGCC